AUGCUUGGCGCGCCCGACCUUGCGACAGGAGAAGAUGUCUCCAUGUUGCGUACCAUCAUUGCGACCGGCUGCCUGAUUUGGUGGGUGGUAGUCUGGAAUGUUUGUGCUAUUGGCUUCGUUCAGCUUUUCCGGUAUUACUGGAGGAGACCUCAGCAGGCAACGUGCGUUACGACAUUGAAAGGCGAUGAAGUUCCUCGAGUCACUGUUAUACGGCCAGUCAAAGGCCUCGAUCCACGAUUGUACGAAUGCCUCGCAGCCACCCUCCGCCAGACGUACCCCAAAGACAAACUGAACACCGUGUUCUGCGUUCCUGAGCGAUCCGAUCCCGCCUUUCCGAUUCUCGAACGCCUAUGUAAUGACUUCCCAGACGCUCAUGUGCAAAUCUUGGUCGAAGAAGAGGAUCCGCUGCUAUUGAAGGAUAAUAACGCGCUGGGACCCAAUCCGAAGAUCAGGAACAUGAGUCGUGCCUAUAGGGAGGCCGAGGGUGACAUCGUGUGGGUGCUUGACUGUAACGUCUGGGUCGGCAAGGGCGUUUGCGGUCGACUAGUGGACCUACUAUGUGGCUUUGGACAGGACAAACAUGGCAACAGCAAGAGAAAGUACAAGUUCGUGCACCAGACACCUCUUACGGUAGACCUCGAUUCGCAAGGUCUUUCGCUACAGGACAGGAAGGAGUUGCUCGGAGGGAAACCAGAAGCUGCAGCACAGUCGACCAAUAUCGCGGCAAGCACAUCUUCUGAUCCUCGCAACUACUCAGGAAGUACUAUUAGGAAGCUGCUGCAGCGUGGUGGCGGACGUCUGGACGAAGCUUUCAUGUCUUCUGCCCACGCCAAAUUCUACCAAGCCAUCAACACUGUCGCUGUAGCACCCUGUAUUAUGGGCAAGAGUACCAUGUUCCGUCGCUCCCAACUCAACUAUGUUACCUCAUCAAACCCAGAACGCACUCCCGGUAUCGAUUUCUUCUCCGACAAUAUCUGCGAAGAUCACCUCAUUGGCGAUGUGCUGUGGAAAGAACCCCAAGCUUUCGAGAAACGAGGUUACCAACCAGAACCAGGGACCAAGAAAGAGACCUGGGGCAAGCACGCUAUGCUUUUUGGUGACUUCUGCUACCAGCCAAUCAGUCAUACGUCUGUGAUGGCCUACUUACAGCGUCGUAUUCGAUGGCUACGAGUACGGAAGUUCACGGUUACAUUAGCAACGUUCGUGGAGCCAGGAACGGAGAGUCUUCUGUGUGGGCUUUAUGGCGCAUACGCUCUGACGACGCUACCCGUGUUCCACAACAUCGGCAUCAGCCCGACCUGGACCUCCUUCUUCCUCAUCUGGCUCCUACAUCUGUCUGCUUGGUGUCUAGUGGACUACGUUCAAUAUCUGUUGCUUCACUGCGCCAAGACUGUCGAAAUCGAUGCCGAUACUCCUGAUUUUAUCUUGCCUCAGCGAUCGGCCUCUGCAUACCACCGCACCGAAGUUCUUGAACCUCUUCUUGGCAAUAAGACUCCAAGUGAGCCAAGUCUACUUGAUGGUGCAAGAAGAAACUUCAUCGACUUUCUCUAUGCUUGGCUUGGUCGCGAGUUCUUUGCAUUACCUGUAUGGGUCAUUGCGUUCUGGGGCGGCGUUACUGUAGAAUGGCGAGGUCGGAAAUUCUGGGUCGGGCUAGACAUGAAGGUUCAUGAGAUAUUGCCCCAAGUGAACGAAGCCAAGAAAGACCAGGGCAAGAAGCCUUAG